UUUAAGCAUUUAGGGCUGAUCAUGUUAAGAUAGAGAUAUUUUCUAAAUGAUAGGAAAAUUGCAGUUUCGAAAUUUUGCUUCUAUGGAAUCUAAGAUUUAUGAUUAUUCUUCAUGGACCAAAGAUGAUUUGAUUAAGAAAAUCAUAUCAUUAGAACAUGAAAUUCUAUUAAAAGAUAAAAAAAAUAUUAAUACGAAACAAUUUGUUUCUAAAAAAUCACAUUUAUGUAAUGAAAGUUUUAAGCCGAGUAAAAAGCCAUUUUGUAUGUCAGAUUAUAACCAGAAAUAUAUUGCUUUCAAAUUUGCAUAUUUAGGAUGGUAUUAUAACGGUCUUGUAACUCAAGGAAAUGAGACACGUCUUCCUACAGUAGAAGAAACUAUUUUUUUUGCUCUAAAAAAAGCCAAACUUAUUGAUCAAGAAAGCAAUUGCAACUUUUCAAGGUGUGGGCGAACAGACAAAAGUGUUAGCGCUAUAGGCCAAGUAAUAGCACUUAAUGUAAGGAGUAAUAAGACCUUUAAACAGGAUUCUGAAGAAAAUUGUGGUGAAAUUAAAUAUAUAGAUAUUUUAAAUAAACUACUUCCGAAAACUAUUAGAAUAUUAGCAUGGUGUUCAGAUCUUCCUUCUGACUUUUCAGCUCGAUUUUCUUGUCAAAAAAGACAUUACAAAUAUUUAUUUUUUAAGAAUUCUCCUGGUAUAGAUCUUAAUAUAGAAAAAAUGUCAAAAGCAGCUUCCUAUUUUGUUGGAGAACAUGACUUUAGGAAUUUUUGCAAGCUGGAUUCAAGUAAAUCAAUAAAGAAUUUCACCAGAACAAUAAUCAAGUCAGAAAUAAGCAAAUAUAAUGAAGAAGAAGAUGAUUCUCUUUAUAUUUUUGAUUUAGAGGGUACUGCUUUUUUAUGGCAUCAAGUACGUUGCAUGAUUUCUAUUCUUUUUUUAGUUGGACAAAAUCUCGAAGAACCUGAAAUUGUAAAAACAUUAUUAGAUAUAUCCAAGACACCCAAUAAACCUGUAUAUAAUAUAGCAGAUGGUCUUCCUCUUAUACUUUAUGAUUGCCACUUUGAAAAUCUUAAUUGGAAUUAUGGACCAAACAGAAAUUUUGUUCAAAAUUUAUAUAGAAGUAUUUAUGAUUUAUGGCAUACAACAAAGAUCCAGAAUUCUAUUAUUCAGCUUCUUUUAAAAAACAUACCAAAUAACGAAGUUUUAGAUAAUAACAAUACAAAAAAAAUAUUAAUUAAAAAUGGGACAGGUAUCAAUCAAUCUUUAACAAAAUAUAUACAAAUGGAAAAUAGAAAGUAAUAUAUAAUGUAAAUAUCUAAAAUAAAUUUUGAUAUAAUAAAAAUG